CCUCGUCUAAGCGACGCGUCCGGGACAUUCGUAACACGCGAUCCUAGCUCCAAACACCGCAGGCAGGCGUCGGGUCGUGUGGCCGCAGCGCUUCGUUUGGCGACCGGCUGUAAUGUCGGCGCUGGAGUGGUUCGCGCAUAAGUCUCUGGGCGGAGGCAUCUACUGGAUCCAAGAGCGCUUCUACGAGUCGGGCAACCGGGCCAAUAUCUGGCUGGUGCGCGGCUCCCAGCGGGACGUGGUGAUCGACACGGGGCUGGGGCUGCGCAGCCUCCCCGACUACCUUCACUUGGCUGGGCUUUUGGAUCCCGACCCGGCCCAGGGCGAUCAGGAGGGAGCCGGUGUCGGCGAAGCAGAGAAGGAACCCGCAAGCGGUGGGCGGCGGCGGCGGCCGUUGCUAGCCAUCGCCACCCAUGUGCACUUCGACCACUCGGGCGGACUGCACCAGUUCGAGGAGGUGGCCGUGCACAGCGCCGAGGCUCCAGCCCUGCGCCACGGCGAUAACUACGAGACCGUCACUUGGCUCUCGGACAGCGAGGUGGUGAGGCAGCCCAGCCCCGGCUGGAGGGCCAGGCAGUUUCGAGUGCGACCCGUCCAGCCGACGCACGUCUUGCAGGAGGGGGAUGUGAUCAGCCUUGGUGAUAGACAGCUCACUGUCAUGCACAUGCCUGGCCAUUCGAGAGGAAGCAUUUGUUUGCAUGACAGAGAACGGAAGAUUCUGUUCAGUGGGGAUGUUGUGUAUGAUGGCUCAAUGAUUGACUGGCUUCCCUACAGCCGGAUAAAUGACUACGUUACAACCUGCCAGCGAUUAAUAGACUUAGUCAAUAGGGGCCUUGUGGAGAAAGUCCUUCCAGGGCAUUUUAACACAUUUGGAUCUGAACGACUGUAUCGUUUAGCUUCCAACUAUAUUUCAAAUGCUGGGGCUUGUCACAAGAUUUCUAUGUGUGCGAUGAGAUCGGUUGCAAGCCUAGCACUUCGUGCAACAAAUUCUAGAACAACUUCAUAGUCUUAACUUCAUAGCCAUGAAGAUGCUUAUUUUUAUCUAAUUAAUUUAUAUUUUAAAAAUGCCAAUAUACAUACCAGUAGCUGUGCCAAAGCUACUCAUCUUUUUUGUCUCUUUUAAAAGGCGAGUUUGCACAUAUGUUGAAUGCUAUUUGACAGAUGUUCUAAAUAAGUUAUUUUGUAUUUUGAACCAUUUUGAAACAUAUCGCUAAAACAAAAGUUUUGCCCUUUUGUCAAACUUUGUAAUGCAACCUUCGGUUAGGAGUUAUGUUGAAAACAUAUUUUAAAUGGCUGAAAUACAGAAGCAAGAGUUGUGAGAAAAAGGGGCCAUUAGAACAUUCCACUGUCAUGUUGAAUGCACUAAGUACCUAUGUAAUUUUUAUUGUAUGGGAUGAAUGUAAGCUGAAGUUAAUACCAAAUGUUCAUAUCAAAUAUUGUUCUGUGUUAAUGUUGUUCUUUAAUUGUGUUGCAUUUAAGUAUUGGUUUUAAAACAAAUGAAAUGUCAUUUAAUAUUUUAAGUAUUGCUUGCUUUCCAAAUAUAACUAAUGCUGUAAGUGUGAGUGUAUAACCAUUUUUAAGUAAAACAUGCACCUAUAAUCCAAGAUUCUUAAUCCCUGUAAUAUCACAGUUGCAGAAACACUUCAGUGUAUAUAAAACUAGCAACUUGAUAUUGGGUGGUAGGUUGUAUCAGGUGCACAUUGCAUAUGGGUCAGACUAAGUUUUCAUACUUCAGUUAUUAUUCUUCGUUUUUCUCUUUUCGGUUUUUUUUCUUUCUUUUCCACAAUUUGCAUUGUGCUUUUUUCAACUAGCCUAACAAACAUUUCUGCCAGUUAUUAUUUUCUAAGAUAUUACUAGUCUCUUUUUUGGAUGCAGAACUUGUAUCUUGCAUCAGAAUUUGAUUUAUUAGAAUCCAAUAAGAAUUAUAUUAAAAAUGACUGUUUCUUGCAAGAACAGUAACUUAUUUGAAUAUUGUGGUCAUUGCACUUUUUUUUUUCUUUUUGAAUUCUAUUGCACAAUAUUUCCCCAAGAUCAAAGCAGCACUUUGAUUCUUAAUACCACAGUGUUCCAGCACUUGGUAUCCUAUGAAAGUACAAUUCUUAAAAAGAUAAUAGUGCCUAUUUCCUGUUAUAAAAUACUGCAUCAUUUUGGCAAUUAACACUGGAAUUGCUGCCUGUACUAAGAAAAACUCUUAAUUCAAUACCUUUGAAAAAUAGGGAAAAGGUAUGUAGCAGUAUAAUCACAAAUUAGCAAAUGCUGCUUGUAUGCUAUGGAAACUGGCUAAUCUUCACUGAGGAGCCGCACAAUUGUGGUCCAAAGGUUAGGAGCAUGUUGCCAUAUUAUGUACUCAUAGUCAUUUCCUUUUUGACCAGAUUUCUUCUUCGAGUUGAAUACAGUUAAGCACAGUAUCAGCUGCAGUAUUAAGCACAAUCAAAAUUAAUCUGAUUCCUGCUUAAUCAAGAUUUUCAACCAUCUUGGAAUCCAUGUGAGUUUAUAGUGCCUUGUUUAUUUCUGCUACAGAAUGGUUGACAUUUUGGCCUGGACCAUUACAAACUGAUUUUGUUAUGAAAUACUGCUGAGGCAUUAACAGUUUUUUCCGUAGAUAAAAGAAUCCUCUUCUUUUGACUUUUUGUCCCUUCCUCUUCCUUUGCCCAUUGACAGUGUCUUGAAAGUUAUUUUACCAAAGUGUUGAUUUCUCAGUAUGAAAGUAUUUCAGUGUAAGGAAUCC